AUGCCUGAAACAGACUUCAUCAUCACUGAUGAACUAGCCUUACAAGGUAGCCCUGGGCAGCAGAAGACAGUGAGACAUCUCGGGUGUUUCCAGAUUGGAAUCUGCUUGCUUCUGGUGGAACUGUCCGAGAAGUUGACCUUCUUUGAAGUCGUCUGCAACAUGAUCCCCUUUUGUACAGUGAAGCUGGGCUACUACAACCACCAGGCAGCCAUUCUCAACGUGUGCUUUAUUGGGGCCUCAGUCUUCAUCCCUGUGUUUGUGGGAUGGCUUGCAGAUAGCUACUUCGGAAGGAACAAACUGGUGUACAUAUCCUUAGUGCUACAUUUUCUAGGCACUGUUUUGUUAUCCGCGCUUGCUUUUCCCUUGGAAGAUUCCUAUGGAGGCUCUUACCCUGUGGUUAACAACGUGCCCGUGGAGGAGCGGGCCGGCCUGUUUCACACAGCACUGCUGACCCUCUGCCUGGGGACGGGCGGAAUAAGAGCUGUCGUUUGUCCACUGGACGCUUAUGGCCUUCAGGAAGAGGAAUCAAAGAAGCCAACGUCUUUUUUUAACUGGGCCUCCUGGUCCACGAACCUGAAUGCAGCUGCAGUCUUUCUGGGAAUCUCAUGCAUCCAGCACUCAGGGGCUGGGGCCGUUGUGGUCCUGCUUCCUUCUCUGUCCCUGGUCACCGCCCUGGCAGCUCUUUACAUGAGGCACCUCGACCUGAUCUAUCAGCCGGAGAAACGUGUCUCGCUCCUGACAGUCGCUGGCACAUUGCUCAAAGCCCUGAGAAAACGCUGCCUGUGGUACUGCCACCUCGGGCGGGAUGGAGCAGGUCCGUCAGACCUUGCCAUGGGACAACGCUGUAGACGCCGCAGGGAACUCCAGGAGGAAGACACCACGGAACUUGUCCUCUCCACCCUUUUGCCUCUCUUCAGCUUCCAGCUCGUAUACAGAAUGUGCCUCGUGCAGAUCCCUUCGGGAUAUUAUCUUCAGACCAUGAAUUCCAACCGGAACUUGGGCGGAUCUCCUCUGCCAAUCGCACUAAUGAAUGCCCUCAGCAUCCUGCCGUUAUUAAUUCUGGUUCCCUUUAUGGAUUACUUCAGCCACCAUCUACUUCCGGCUAAGAGAGACGGGCCAUUCUUGUCAGCAUGCAUUAUUGUCGGGAACGGUUGUGCAGCCUUGUCUGUGGCAAUAGCCGGCUUCCUAGAAAUACACAGAAAACUCACCCCGGAGCAGUCUCCUUCAGGCAAAGCUUUCUCGGUUUCCUCCCUGUCCUGUGGCUCUCUGGUUCCUCAGUAUGUGUUGCUUGGAGUGUCUGAAGCCCUGGUAAACCCAGCGGUCUCUGCAGUGAUACACAGAUUCAUUCCAAGCACAUUCAGAGGACCGUCCAUGAAUUUUUUGUCACUGUCCCAUGGAUUUGCCUGUUUCUCGGGGGCACUGCUGGUGGAGUUGGUUUAUCUCGUCUCAAAAGGCAAUUGGUUUCCAAACGCAUUAAACAAAGGCAAUUUAGAAGGCUUCUUCUUCGUGCUGGCAUCCUUGACGCUGCUGAACGUCCUGGGAUUCUGGAGGGCUUCACGAAGAUAUUGUAAUCUAAAUCAUUUUAAUGCCCAGAGCAUCAGUGGAGGAAAUCGUGAAACUCUUCUCUGGGAGAAGUCUCUGAAGUUUUAUGGCAGUACACAGGAAACAUCGUCAAGUAUUGAUCUUUGGGAGACAGCCCUAUGAAACUGGACUUGACUCUGUCUUGUGAGCUCCACUAUUCGUUAUUUUCUUCUUCGGUUGAACACUUUAUGCAUUUUACUGGGAAAGUCAACAUAAAAAAACUGAGUAUGAAUGAGAUCUACAUACUUCAUUUACAGAAAACAGUUAUGACCCUCUAGGAAACUGCUCUGCUUUUGUAUUGAUAUAGUAUGCUUUUGAACUAACUGACUUCAACAUCGUGGUGAUCACUCUAUGACCAGAAAAUGAUCAUUUUCUAUGUUGUCUACAUGUCAAUCAUAUUGUAUAACCUUUACAAUGGUUCAGCAAUUGAAAGUGACAUGUAAUAUUUACUUGUAAUUUUAAUGUUGUUAGAAACUAAGAAACACUAUGUUUAUAUUGUUCUUUAUGUACGUUUGCUAAGUUUUUACUGUAUUCUAGGUACUAUGACCAUAGAUUAUGGUAUGGCAGAUAAUAAAUGUGUAUGUAAUCCUGCUA